UUAUCCUGGAAAGUUGUAGUAUCAUCGUAAGGGAAGAAGUUGGGUUGUAUCGAAUACUGUAACAGAUUUUUCGAAGCUCAUAUAAUGGCAGUGAACAGUCUGGCAGCUUACAACACGUAUGGGGGACCUAAAAGCAUUCCUUUUGUACCCUAUGCCGAUAAUGGUGGAAGUGUGGUUGCUAUUGCUGGAGAUGAUUAUGUCUUGGUAGCAUCAGACACCCGCCUGAGUAGUGGGUUUUCAAUAUAUACUCGUGAACAAUCCAAGCUAUUUCGACUUUCGGAUACAACAGUGCUGGGGUGCUCGGGGUGUUGGUGUGAUACGUUGACUUUGGCCCGCAUUCUGGAGGCAAGAUUGCAGAUGUAUCUCCACGAGCACAACAAGCCGAUGUCCACUCCAGCUGUCGCUCAGAUGCUGUGCACCAUGCUCUACUACAAACGAUUCUUUCCAUACUACGUCUCCAAUGUCCUUGCUGGGCUGGAUGAAGAGGGUAAAGGUUGUGUGUAUAGUUAUGACCCCAUUGGCUACUGUCAACAAACAAAAUUUAAGGCAAGUGGGUCUUCUGGGGCGCUGCUUCAGCCACUACUUGACAACCAAAUUGGAUAUCAGAAUAUGGAGAAUGUAACUCCUGAACCGAUUUGUAUGGAGAAGGCAAUGGCAAUUUUGAAAGAUACAUUCAUUUCUGCUGCUGAGAGGGACAUUUAUACUGGUGACAGCAUUUUCAUCAAUAUCAUCACAAAGGAUGGUAUACAGGAGGAGAAGUUCACCUUGAGGCGGGAUUAAUAUAUAAUUUUUAAUUAAUAUUUUCUACCUGGAAAAAUAAGGAAGCAGAAAUUAAUUUUCAAAGAAAAGGGUUUCAAUAAUAAACUUGUAAAAUGCAAAAAAGAGAGUCAGUCAGUAAGCUUGUCUUCUGAAAACAUUUGAAUUAAAUAUUGUGUAAACCAGUUAUUACAGAUUGUCAUGUGAACAAUAAAAACACCGCUGUUUAUUCAUGCAACAGAA